ACUGAAAUUGCAAAAACCCAUGCAUCAGCUGAGGAGCUAAACUUUCUGAGAAUCGCAAAUUCGGAUACACAAAAAAAGAAUAUUGAACCUCAAAAACCAAGAAAAAUUUUUAAAGGACCUAAACAACCUAAUCCUUUGAGCUGUAAGAAGAAAAAGAAAAAACCUUUGCCAUCACUUCUAAAAACACAAACUAACAAAAAGGAAUUAUCUAGCGAUGAUUUCGUAGAGUCUAAG